GAGAGUAUGUGCCUGUGUGUGUCUGUCUGUUUAGACACAACUGACAAAUGUGUGGAUUAAGUACAUAAUUGAAGAUGGGGAAAUUUCAUCAUGUGGCGGCAAUAAUCAGGGAAAUGAAACUCCAGGAGAGCAGCGGAACAGUAGGGGAUGUAUAUUUAAUCAUGUAUAUAAUAUAUCACUUAUAUCGUUUAAAAUAUAUCAAUUUUCAGUGUGUUUUUCGGCCCGAUACGCUGUGCUGGGCAAUCUUAGCUAUUGUUGGCCUUAUCUACUGUGUUAUUUCUUUAUCUGUAUAUUUCGAGCCUCCAUCUCCUGUGUGUCCGACUAUGUCUACAGUAGCCGAUGAAAAAACUUAUGAAGCCACAGGGGCAACUGAAAAGCCCAUCGUUUUGCUGUGGUUCUGGCCUUAUGGUGUGAUGUUUGAUCUCCAACUCUGCCCAAGCCACUUCAACAUUGAUGGCUGCAUUCUGACUGCUGACAGGUCAUUGUACAGCCAAGCCGAGGGAGUCAUCAUCUUCCAAAGAAGCAUAAACUGGAAUUUGGAAAACCUGCCCAAGGAGCCACGUCCAUAUUUUCAGAAGUGGAUUUGGUUCCAUGUGGAAUCUCCCACGAACACGCAGAAGAGACCAGGUCUGGAAAAUCUGUUCAACUUAACAAUGAGCUACAGAAGAGAUGCUGACAUCACAGUGAGGAAUGAGGUGACGAUCAAGCAAACAGAGACAAAGGAGGAAGUUGUUCUGCCCAAAAAGGACAAACUGGUAUGUUGGGUUGUCAGUAACACCGACCCAGCUACUGGAACGUCUGUAAGAGAGAAAUAUUAUGCAGAACUGUCCCAACACAUAAAGGUUGAUGUCUUUGGUGGUUUUACGGGGCAGCGGUUGAAAUAUGAAGACUAUUACCCCACCCUUGCGAGUUGUAAGUUUUAUCUCUCAUUUGAGAACUCGCUCCACGUGGACUACAUAACAGAGAAGGUCAACGGGCCCCUUGUAGCAGGGACCGUCCCUGUAGUUAUGGGUCCACCAAGGGAAAACUACGAGCAGUUCCUUCCCGAUGGUUCCUUCAUUCACAUAAAUGAUUUCCCUGAUGCUAAAGGUCUGGCAGAGUUUCUGCAACGCCUGGACAAGGACCAUGAAGCAUACAUGAGUUACUUUGAGUGGAGAAAGUACUAUGAAGUCACUGCUCAUCUUUUGUCAGUGAGCAAUGAAUUCAUUCAUCCUGUCUGCCUCGCCUGUGACCACAUCUCAAAGUACAAAGAAUACCAUGUUGUCAAUGAUCUUUAUGGUUGGUACUUUUCAUGAAAACUACAGUGAGAACAUCAUUUGACAGACUAUAAACUAGAACCUAUUCUUUGAAUUUGUGUGAUUGCUUUGACCCUUUAUAGAGUAAUGAUUUUAUAAAAUAAUCAAUAUAGUUCACAUGGUAACCGCUGAUAUUAUUAUCAUCAUAUAUAUUUGUUAUGUAGAUCACUCUUAGCACAGAUGGGCCUUGGUGAGUACACUUUGCAGAGUAAAACUGGAGCUGAUGAAAAUCGUGCUGCAAAUGUUCUCUGUUCUGAGUCACUUUGAAUUGUUUUGAUUACGUCUAAACAACUAAGUAAA